GUUGCGAAGGCGGACGCGUUCGCUUAUUCAGCUUUGUUGUAGUGUUUUUCACGGUUUCGCGUGUUGCGGAAGAAAAGAAUCUUAUCUAUGUGUAUACCACAAGUUAAUUAUAAUACCACAUAAAAAUAUUUACCAUAUAACAUAAAAUAGAAUUUACAUAAGUAUAUAUUCAGCUAAAUAUAUUCGAUCGAUCGAGAAGCGACAGACUUUGUGCAAUAAUUUUUCCCGCUCUUUCGAGGACGCACAUGAAUGAAUAACGCGAAUUAAUUAAAAAGAAAAUUUUUAAUUGUGCAAUUGUGAUAUUAUUUUCUUCAAUUAGUGUCAUUUCUGUUUCUCUUUCUUUCGUUGUUUUUAUCGCUGUGAAAAACAAUCUAGUGGAUAUCUAAAAAUAAUGUUAAUAAAAUGAUCUUUAAAUAAUGAGUAAUAAUGAAAAAAGUAACGUGAUCGUGAGAGAAGAUAUAUGUGAUAUGCUGAGUACAUGAAUAUGAAAACGGCUUCCUAACUUUGCUUUGUAGCGACGUGACGGCGCGUCUGCGAAUUCGCGUGACACAAAAUACGGUCCUAUUAGAUGAUAUCGUGCGGAAAUCCAUCUUAACUCGAUUUCGCUGCUCCUCCCAUAUAAGUAAAUGGACAGGAAACGCAACGUCCAUGAAUGUAUCACGCGAAUGAGCGACCGAUCGAUCCUCUUCUACUUUGAUGCGAGAAGAACGAUCAGAAGCCAUAAGACCAAAAAAAUUUAUAUAAGAAUAUAUAAUAAAAAUAUAUAAUAAGAAUAUUCAUUAUUUGUUAAAAAUAUCAAAGAACUGCGAGAAUAAACCGGAUUAUAAAACCAGAAAAAAUUAAUUAAAUGUAGAUGGUGAUGCAUAGAAUUGGUAGCACAACACAUUUGAAUUCUUUCAAAAAUCGAUAGGCACGGUAUUUUUAAAGAUAAUAGAAUUAAAAAGGACUGGGACGUUUUUCAAGAAGAGUCUCUAGUGUCUAGUCUAGAAUAAUCACUGAAGAAGAAUUGUUAAUUCCGGAGCAGGGCGUGAGUAAUGAAGCAAUUAGUCUUUUUUUUCUUACGCUCGAUGAUGACACCCGCGAUUUUGAACAAUCUCCAGCGAAUGAGCCCAACAAGAGUUCGAGAGUUAAAAAAAAAGAGAGAAAGUAAUAAUUAUUAAAUAUCUAACAAUUCUAUCGAAGAAGCAAUGACUAUUACUUGUCAUACUGGAAAAUAUCGCAUUCCAUUAACGACAAUCAACAUGAUGACGAUCGCUCCGGCUGACUCUGUACCACAUCGUACAAUAUCAUGCUUCAAGAUCGAAAAGUAACAACGAAGAAAAUCAUCCGCUUGUUGUGUCUUCGACGGCGCUAGUAAGACUGUCAGAUGACAGUCUUGCUCAACGAUAGUCGGGACGAUGGGAUUCGCAUCGAACGCGACCGACACGUUAUUCAACUAUCUGGAUCACUUCAACCCGACAAACGCGUCAUGGACUGAGACAAAGCUGAACCUGCCGUACACCGUCUGCGAGAUUCUGGUGGCGAUCUGCGCCGUCCUCGGUAACGGCCUGGUGAUCAUUGUGUUCGGCAAGGAGCGGAAGCUACGCAGACGUACCAACUACUACAUCGUCUCGCUCGCUGCGGCCGAUCUACUGGUCGGCCUCUUCGCAAUCCCGUUCGCGAUCCUCGCGAGCAUCGGUCUACCCACGAAUCUGCACGCCUGCCUAUUCACCGUAUCGGUCCUCGUGGUUCUCUGCACCAUUAGCAUCUUCUGCCUGGUGGCGGUGUCCGUCGAUCGUUACUGGGCGAUAUUGCAUCCCAUGAGAUAUUCGCGCACCGUACGCACCAAAACUGCCAUAGGUAUAAUAUGCGUGUGUUGGAUAGCAGGCACUUUAGUGGGGUUCCUGCCGUUAUUCGGAUGGAACGGCGGCGAAACGAGCGAUCACAGAUGUAUUUUCACUAAAGUUAUGGAUUAUAAUUACCUAGUAUUCUUAUACUUCGCCACAAUAAUCUUCCCCGCCUUGCUGAUUGCCGCAUUCUACGCCCAUAUAUAUCGGGUGAUCAUAAAGCAGUUACAGCAAAUCGUCACGGUGGACCCAAAUGGUAGCGGUGCUGUUCGUCGUCUCGGUGGUUUGCGUCUUGGCCAUCAAACAACGGGGACAAUGUUGCGUGUGCUCGGCGCGGCACGCAAACGGGAGAUCAAGGCUACGCAGAAUCUCUCACGUAUCGUCCUCUUCUUCAUUGUCUGCUGGUUUCCGCUGUACACGAUAAACUGCGUAAUGGCCUUUUGUCCCAAAUGCGAGGUAAACGAUCUUCUGAUGAACUUCUGCAUCAUCCUCUCGCACAUGAACUCAGUCGGCAAUCCGCUCCUCUACGCCUAUCACCUCAAAGAUUUUCGCUUCGCGCUCAAGAAUUUUGUCUGGCGACUACUUUUCCCGCACAGCAAUGUCAAAUCGAGCGUAAUCAGCGUGAUCCAGGAUCGCGGAUCCCUCGUCGGUUCGCAGAGGCAGCCUCAGGCUCAUCGUCUUAGCGACUUUCCUCAGCCGAGGAGUCAAAGAUCGAGUUUGUUACGCCAGGUGAUCGACAAUAAGAGGACAAGCAAUGCAUUUUCUGAAAGGCGUGUUUCAUUGACGCAGGAGAAAGAAACACGUCAAUCAUCUGAUAUCAACACCAAAACAGCAGUUGUGAUUAGCGAUUCCGCACCGUCGAACGAGCGAUUGGGCGAGGAAGAGGCGGUCAGCGAUCCGAGCGUACGUGGAAUCUCGCCGUCCAUGGAACUGCAAACUUACAAAUCGCUGAUACCGCUUUUACCAGCCCAGGAGGAUCGAAUCGAGGAAACGCCGCCCGCGUCGAUUUUUAUGAUCGAGGUCGAUGUGUUGAAUCACACUACUCCCGAUUAUCUUCUGGUUCUAGAAAAAUCUCGAGACAGGAUAGACAUAGCACGUGCAUAACCGUGAAAGAUAUAGAGAUCAGUAAUCGUAAAACUGGGGUAUGUGAAGUUAGCCCCCAUUUUUGUAAUUUUAAAAAAACUAUUAGAGUUCUUGCUGCCCCUUUAAUAGUUCUAGAGUUCUCUAUCGGUUUUAGAAAUAGUUCCGGCGUUUAAAGCAUUGAAAAUAGCAUUUGAAGUUAAGGGGGGCUAACUUCAUAUUUUUUUUAACUUUUAAGGUCGUAUAACUUUUUUUCUAUUUAUUUUAGCGCAUUAAAACAUAAGGGUAAUUGAUAGAACUCUUUGGGGAACUAUCAGAACUCUCAAUAAAAUUGUCAAUUUUCAAAAAAAAAUCGCGGAUUCGAAAUUUUCUAAGUCCCGCAAGGGUCAAAUUUUCUUUUUCGAUAAUCGGCAGUUCUGUUGACAGUUUUGGCACCCCCCCCCCCCCCCCCCCGAAGAGUUCUAACAAAAAGUAUUAGUAUUAGAAGCGCUACGACGCAAAAUAAAAGAAUUUUCGUUACUUAAAGUUAGAAAUUCGAAAUUUUUCUAAGUCUCGUAGGGGUAAAAUUUUUUUUUUAAUCGGCAGUUUUGUUGACAAUUCUGGCAGCCCCCCGAAAAGUUCUAACGAAAAGUAUUAGCAUUCAAAUUUCUAAUUUUAAGUAACUAGAACUCUUUUAUUUUGCGUCGUAGCGCGAAUACUAAUACUUUUCGUUAGAACUCUUUGGGGGGCUGCCAGAACUGCCAACAGAACUGCCGAUUAUCAAAAAAGAAAAUUUAAUCUCUGCGAGACUUAAAAAAUUUCGAAUCCGCAAUUUUUUUUGGAAAUCGGCAAUUUUAUUGAGAGUUCUGAUAGCCCCCGAAGAGUUCUAUCAAUUACUCUUAUGUUUUAAUGCGCUAAAAUGAAUAGAAAAAAAGUUAUACGACCUCAAAAGAAAAAAAUAUGAAGUUAGCCCCCCUUAACUUGAAAUGCUAUUUUCGAUGCUUUAAACGCCGGAACUAUUUAUAAAACCGAUAGAGAACUCUAGAACUAUUAAGGAGGCAGCAAGAACUCUAAUAAUUUUUUUGAAAUUAAAAAAAUGGGGGGCUAACUUUACAUACCCGUAAAACUGACAUAUAUUUGAAAGAUAUAAUACGCUUUAAAAAGACUCUUGAUGAAUCCUCGCUGAGGCUAUUGUGACGUCAAAGGCGAGAAAGCAUAUGCUGAAAAUUCUAACAUGGUCGGGGAGUCAGGAGCCUUGAAAAGAUUAUAAAAAUAAUUAUAGGUUCUUUUUUGCAUUUUUUUGCAUUUUU